AUGAAAAGCAAAACGUGUGAGGCCGCUUCGUGGCUAACUUGGUGCGUACCAUGCCCCGCUGCGGAUCCUUGCGCGCCCUCUGCCGGUAUAAAAUCAGGCUUGCGGGACGGGAGACCCAUAGAUGGAAAGCAGGAGCAGCCCUGUCCCUGCAGGACCUGCUGCUGUGGAAAACCACCUAUGGUGAAGCCAUGCUACAAACAACCGAAAAUACCUGAUUCCUAUGCACCCCGGCGAUGUUACAUGAAGCCGUCUGCGCGAAUCGAGUCGUGUACAACCUACAACAUGUCGUAUCUACCUGUUGACGGUUGUAAGAAUCUUCGGGGCGAAGCACGAAAGCCUGCGCCUAAUUUGGUGCCCAGCUGUGAGCCAAUGGAGUCUUGCACAGUCCAAAAGUUAUCCUUUCUGCCAAAUCCAGUGUGUGUGACGCAAGCAAUUCGUCCUUGUCACCAUGACAUGUGGGGACAAGGGCCGAUGCAAAACCUCACCACUCAGAGACAUGACUAUGUCGCUAAGCCCUGCGUACUUCGCGAAAGUUUCAAGCCGGAAGCGAAAUUCCACGCCGUCGAUACACCUUUUGAAAACCGCACAGUAAACAAGCUAUCGUAUCUGCCUCCGGAUAAGAUGGAGCCGGUAAAAUCGUAUGCGCCAGAGCGGUGUUAUGAAAAACCAGCCGCCAAAAUGGACUCUAGCACGACGCAUAAACUAAGCUAUAUGCCUAACCAAUUGUUGCCGAAAGAACCUUUGCCAUGGGCUUGUAAAGGACAGUAUCAGAAACCUUGUCAGAAGCUUGAAGAUAACACCACCUACAGUAUGAGUUUUUUAAACCCAGCUGCCGACUGCCGUCGUUGUCCAAUAUUACCUAAUAUCGGUAAUAACCCAGUGACCGCGUCGAAACGCUUUGAAACACAAACUAUUUACAAGAACAGUUAUCUCCCCGCCACAGCACCAAUACCUCAGCCUGUAAAACCUGUACCAAAUAUUAUGCCUUCAACGGCUGCGAUGGAAGGCGACACUGUUCAAAAACUAUCAUUUCUACCAAACCCGGUGUGUAUAACGCAAGCAAUCCGCCCUUGCCACCACGAUAUGUGGGGACAGGGACCGAUGCAGAAUCUCACGACUCAGAGACACGACUUUGUACCGAAGACUGCGCCAAUGAGAGAAUCAUUCAAACCAACAGCCAAGUUUCAUGCAGUGGAACAACCGUUUGAAAAUCGCACAGUUAACCGCAUGUCAUUCUUGGACCCCGGAAAAGUACCUCGACCAGAGUCGUAUGCUCCUAACCGAUGCUAUGAGAAACCUAGCGCCAAAAUGGACAGUGACACAACACAGAAGAUGUCCUACCAGCCUGUGUGUGUGCCAGCACCACAGCGGCCGCCCUGGGCUUGCAAAGGACAGUAUCAAAAACCGUGUCAAAAGUUGGAAGGAACAACAAUUUACCGUUCAUCGUUCCUCCCGCCCGGUGAAGACUGCACCGAGUACAUUGAUCCGUGUUCGUAUGGAGAUUGUAAACCUUGUGACUGCAUGUGCCCCGCGGAAUGCAUUGCGACAGACCCAUGCGCGUGCACAUUCCCAAAAGCCGAAUGCUGUAGGUAA